UAUGAAGCUUACAAACCAUUGGAAAGGAAGGAGCAAAGUUUGGACACAAGUCCACAACGCUCCAGCAGUCAUGAGAAACUCUCCGGUGCGAUCGACCUUGACUUGGAAUCCAUCAAAAUGACCAACUAUUCUGACACAGUGAAACGUUUGGACGCAUUCUACAAUCAAGUGAAGAAACAGAUUCUUCGAUAUCAAAGCGCUACAACCGGUCUCUACCCAAAGAACUCGUCGGAAAACAUCGCACACAUACAAGACACGCUCUAUUGCUCGGUUUGCGUUUGGGCUCUGUACCAAGCUUAUCGGAGGAUCGAUGAUGAUCGGGGGAAAACUUACGAGCUCGGCCAGAGCGUCGUCAAGUCCAUGCGAGGAAUUCUUUUCGGAUGGAUGCGCCAGAGCCAAUCAAAGAUGGAAAGCUUCAAAUCGAAACAAUGCCCGGAGUUCGCGUUGCACUCAGUGUUCGACGCGAAAACAGGGAAACCACUUCUCGGCGACAACGACUACGGACAUCUGCAACUGAACAACACCGCCUUAUAUCUCCUCUAUAUCGUUCAGAUGAUUUCUUCCGGACUCCAAAUUAUCUAUACGAUGGAUGAGGUGAAUUUCCUGCAAAACCUCGUCUACUACGUCGAGAGAGCGUAUCGGACGCCAGACUUCGGCAUAUGGGAACGAGGUUCAAAGUACAAUAACGGUACGCCAGAGAUCCAUGCUUCCUCGAUCGGCAUGGCUAAAGCAGCUCUCGAAGCAAUCAAUGGCUUCAAUGUCUUCGGGGACAAAGGCGCUGAGUGGAGCACCAUCUAUGUGGACAUCGAUGCUCACAACCGGAACCGGACGAUUUUCGAAACUCUUCUGCCGAGAGAAUCGAGUUCAAAGAACACCGACAUCGGAUUACUUCUGGCUGCCAGUUUCCCCUGUUUCGCUACUCACGACGAAUACCUGUAUAGUCGGACUAAAGACAAAAUCAUCCGGAGACUUGAGGGCAAUUUCGGCCUCAAACGAUUCCUCCGCGAUGGUUACGGAUGUGUUUUAGAAGAUACAACGAAACGAUUCUACGAUCAAGGAGAAACGAAGCUGUUCGACCACAUAGAGAGCGAAUGGCCCCUCGGCUACAUCAUUUUACUCCUCGAUGGCAUUUUCAAGAACAACGAGGAUCAAGUAGCGAAGUAUUCGGAGCUGCUCGAGAAGCGAAUCACUCGAGACGACAACGGAUACGCUAUCGUUCCGAAAUACUACUUCGUCCCACCAACUUUUGUCGAGACCGAGAAAACUCAUCCGGGUCAAACGCACCGAGUCGCCUCGAAGGAGGGCACCAAAGAGAAUUUAUUCCUCAUGGGUCAAGCCUUCUAUUUGAUAUCCCAAUUGCUGGUCCACGAGCUGCUCCACAUCAAUGAACUCGAUCCUAUUCGACGGUAUCUACCGAGUUUCAAUCGACCGCGGAGAAGCGAUAGAUACUCGGCUUUCCAAGGAAAAGCAUGCGCUGAUCUCGUGGUCCAAGUGGUUCUGAUCGCAGAAAGCCAGCGCCUGCAAGCGAUGAUGGCCACCUACGGAAUUCAAACACAAACCCCUCACGAAGUAGAACCCGUCCAGAUAUGGUCCCCUACGGAGCUCGUGAAGGUCUAUCAACAUCUAGGGGUGAACCAGAAACUCGGUCUGAAGGGUCGUCCGCCGCGGCCCGUCGGCGCCCUGGGCACGAGCAAGCUCUACAAAAUCAAGGGGAAUACAGUUUUGUGCUAUCCAAUCAUUUUCGAAGUUUCUGAUUUCUACCUCAGCUACGAUAUGGCUCUGCUGAUCGAUGACAUCAAGAAUGAACUCCAUUUCGUGGGGAAGUACUGGAGGAUGUCUGGCCGGCCGACGGUGGCGAUUCUCAUCCGUGAGGAGAAUAUGAGGGACACGCACUUUAGACAACUUCUAGAACUCCUGGCAAUGUUGAAGUCCGGCAAUUGUUACGGUCUCAAGGUGCGGAUGGGACGUCUGCAGAACUUGAUCAACUCGUCCUGCAUCGAACAUCUCGAUUUCCUCGAUCUGGUUCCCGACGAUGUCGCGCCCAAAUUCCAAUGUCUGCAACAGUUCGAGAACCCGCACACGGGCUACACCAGUCUGACUGACAUACCUACAAUAUUGGAAUACAAUGAGCCGUUGAAGAAUUACUCUGAAUUCAACGAUAAGUCCACCGACGAGAUCGUCGCUGCGCUGAGACAGGUGGACACGCUCUUCGGACAGAGCCAGCUUCUCGGUAUCUUAUGGCAAAGAUGCAGCUCCAACUUCAACAUCGACGGUGUAACGCUCAAAGAUCGCAUGGAGCGACUAACAAGACAGGCUGGAGCGCUCCGUCAUUGGACCGUCGUGCGAUAUUGUUCGAGUCUUCUCGGGAAACUGGCCGAUUCCCUUAGUCCCUACAUUACAUCGAUUUUGGUCAGCGGAAAGCAGCUCACCGUUGGAGUAUUCGGAAAAUCCGAGCAAGUCAUCGAUCAUCCGCUCACACCUUCGGAAGUACAACAGCUCAUCUACAGCCAAUGUACCGGCUACCCAUACCACGCAGUACUCAUGCAGGAAAUUCUCGUGUACUGCGGGAAGCUUAUCCAAACAACGCCGAAAUUGUUCAAUGGUAUCCUCAAGAUCCGCGUGGGCUGGAUGAUUCAUGCGCUCCAGCUGUAUAUGAAGUUCUCUGACAAUCAGAAAGCCCUAGAGUCACUGUCUCCAUCCGACCUCCGUCGAGUUGUGCUCAAGGUUCUGGAUGUGAAAGACUCUUCGUUCACGCAACACCAGAUUCGACAAAUCGAAGGAGCCCUGUGCCGGGUCCCGGAUUAUUUUUUCGAUCGGGUUUGGGACAUCUUGACCAGAGUCCCCGAGGGCAUUGUGAUCUGCGGGCAACAUCUCCCCCAGCAACCAACGCUAUCGGAGCUCACAGUUUACGAAUUAAGUUUCGCCCUGAAGAUCGAAUUCCUGUUGAGUAGGGUCUCGUUCCCUGAAUAUCGUCACCUGAUGGUCGAGCUACUGAUGGUGAUCGAUGUCAUCCUCAGGCGGAACCAUGAGUUCUGUUUCAGCACACGAGUUGAUCUCGACGAGUUGAUUCGCGAGGCCUUCGCUCUCUUCCAAAUAGACCGAGGAACUCCGCAGAAUGAGGCGCAGUUGCAAGGAUCACCGCGCAGACGCAAGUCGCGAGAAGAGAUGAGUGCGUUCUACGCUGUCCCGAACUCGGUCUCGACCUGUUACCUCGCCCGCGCGGUGGUGACCAAGUUGCUCUCCUCCGAAUUCGCAGAAAAAGCUGAUGCUAUAACCCAGUGUCGCAUACACUGAGAUUCGGCGAUCUCGAGUCCUCGGGCCAAUCGAGGGUGGCCGUCGAUCUCGGAAUCUCGAGCUGUCUAUCAGAUCUGCAUUUCGUCUGGAUGUUUAUCUAUGCGGAGAAACACAUGAGCCAAAACUGUUCAUACGAACCAUACAAUGAAAUGCCCCCUAUUU